AUGGCACUUUCCGCACUCAUUGGUUCUGCGCUCUCGGAGGAACAUCAAAGGGCACAGCGCCACACAGCUGCUGCUCUUGGCCUCUUGCAACGACUGCCGCCCAAGGACUUGGACUCAGACUUGGACGCGCUGAUUGCAAUUGCUCCAGAUCUGGAGCUGGGACUUGCGCCCUAUGUCACUCGCCCCUUAAAGAUAAAAGAAGACCUCAAAGCCAACAGGUACUUCAUCGCAUCUGAGUACAAUUACCAUGCAGGUUCGCAUCGUUCUCCCUGGACAGACAGGUACAUUCCUUCACCUCCAGGUGGUGAAGCGGAAGAGGAGAAGCUUUUCAGACCACCAGGGCGCCUGGGACGUUUGGAACAAACUUUCAACGAGGUGUUUGCAGCAUAUGCAACCAGCUAUUAUGAAGGCAGCGUCUCUUCUGUGUACCUUUGGGACCUUGAAGAGGGCUACGCAGGUGCCUUUCUUAUUCGCAAAGAGCUCCCGAAGAUUUUUGGGGACGGGAAGAAUGGUGUUUGGGACGCAGUGCACUUAUUGGAGGUGAGAGAUGCUGCAAAUUCCCACUAUGUAGACUUCAAGUUGUCCAGCGCAGUCGUGCUGCACACACAGGUCUCUCAGAAGGAGGAACAGACUGAGAUCUCUGCGCACUUGACUCGACAGGCUGAAUCACGGCUUGAUCGCAGAAAGAAGUCCGGCGAGGACGCACAAGUCAUCCAAAUCGGAACUAUGAUUGAGGACAACGAGAACUUUCUACGUCAAAGCCUAGAAUGUAUCCACGUUGCUGGAAGCUCAGAGCAGAAGGAAAUUAUGCUCCGACUCCAAGCCGUCCAUUGGAUGCGCUUGUAG